CAAAACACGUCUUAACAGUGGUGACGUCGACUCGAUCAAAUCCAGAACAAGCCUUCGCCCGCCCCUCUGCUCUUCGUCCCGAAUUCUCCAUCAAAAUCCGAGCCUCCAUAGCCCAAUCCCACUAAUUUCAAAACCCUAAAAUAAAACCAUGAGCAGCUCCAUUCACCUCUCCUCCAUCAACCCAAUUAGUUUUCGCCAUUCUAACCGUCAAGUUUUGUCCCCAUUAGCCUGCCUUAACGUGGACGUCCGAGAACCAGAUUCUGGCUCAUCCAAGCCGCCGGCUUUAAGACAAAAUGCUCAAAGGGCUAAAGAGACUAUAGAGGAGGAGAAAAGAGUUUUGGUGGGGACCUAUGCUAGAGCCCCUGUUGUGUUCUCCAGCGGCAAAGGUUGUAAAUUGUAUGACGUUGAAGGUCGAGAGUAUUUGGAUUUGAGCUCUGGGAUUGCUGUUAAUGCACUUGGCCAUGGUGAUCCUGAUUGGCUGCGGGCGCUUACUGAGCAAGCAAACACCCUUACCCAUGUCAGCAAUAUAUAUUACUCUGUUCCACAGGUUGAACUUGCUAAGCGUUUGGUUGCUAGCUCAUUUGCUGAUCGUGUUUUCUUUACGAACUCUGGCACGGAAGCAAAUGAAGCUGCAAUAAAAUUUGCAAGGAAAUUUCAGAGAUCUUUGCACCCGAGCGAAGAACAGCCACCUGUGGAGUUCAUAGCCUUCAGCAACUGCUUCCAUGGAAGGACUAUGGGAGCUCUUGCUUUAACAAGCAAGGAACAUUACCGGAUUCCUUUUGAACCAGUGAUGCCUGGAGUCAGCUUUUUGGAAUAUGGUGAUACCCAAGCAGCAACAAAGCUGAUAAGUAGUGGCAAGAUUGCAGCUGUUUUUGUAGAACCUAUCCAGGGUGAAGGUGGUAUAUACAGUGCCACAAAGGAGUUUUUAAAAGCAUUGCGUACAGCCUGUGACAGUGCUGGGGCUCUUCUUGUUUUUGAUGAGGUUCAAUGCGGCCUAGGAAGGGCUGGUUAUCUUUGGGCUCAUGAAGCGUAUGGCAUAUAUCCAGAUAUGAUGACUCUUGCCAAACCCCUUGCUGGCGGUCUACCAAUUGGGGCUGUGCUAACAUCUGAAAGAGUUGCUGGGAGCAUUAAUUUUGGAGAUCAUGGUAGCACUUUUGCUGGCAAUCCUCUUGUCUGCAGUGCUGCAAUUGCUGUGCUGGAUAAAAUCUCAAAACCUGGGUUUUUGGCCAGUGUCUCCAAGAAAGGCAAAUAUUUUAAAGAGUUGUUAGUUAAGAAAUUAGGGGGAAAUGCACAUGUGAAAGAGUUACGGGGCUUAGGGCUUAUCAUCGGGAUAGAGCUGGACGUAUCAGCCUCACCACUUGUUGAUGCAUGUCGACAAUCUGGUCUUCUCAUACUCACUGCAGGGAAAGGCAAUGUCGUUAGGCUUGUCCCUCCAUUAGUUAUAUCAGAGCAAGAACUAGACACUGCUGCUGAUGUCUUGCUCGAUUGUCUGCCAGCUCUUGAUGGAAUUGAAUUGAAGUAGCUAGAAACUGAUGAGAGCUUUAAGUUAUUUGUUAUAUGCUGGCUUGUGUAUGGUUAAUGGAGCCCUGUCGGUGUGGUAAUAUACGCUAGCCACUGUCUUGUAUCAGUUGUAUGUGCUAUUCUCUACUUGAAUAUUACCUGACCACGAGGCCGUCAGUUCUAGUUGAGACAAGGAAAAGUCGCGCUGCUUAAUUUCUCUAA